GAAUAACCAGAGAAGUGAAGAAUAAUGAAUCAGAUGAGACACCUUUCCGUAAAACUGAAUGAUGGCCACUUCAUGCCUGCUCUGGGAUUUGGCACCUCGGCUCCUGAUAAGGUCCCCAAGGAAAGGGUAGAAGAAGCAGUCCAGAGAGCCAUUGAGGUGGGUUACCGCCAUAUUGACUCUGCUUAUCUAUAUACCAAUGAGGAGGAGGUGGGCAGGGCCAUCCAGAAGAAGAUCUCUGAUGGGACCGUGAAGAGACAAGAUGUGUUCUACACCUCCAAGCUGUGGCCCACCUUCUACCGCCCUGAGAUGGUCCGUGGAGCACUGGAGACAUCUCUGAGGAAGGCGCAGCUGAGCUACGUGGAUCUUUACCUGAUGCACUUCCCAGGAGCUCUGAAGGUGGUGGAGGGGAUACGCCUUGGGUGCCUGGGCAGAGUCCUGCCCCAUGAGGAACCCACAGAUGUGCCUGAAAUGAGGAUUUGGAGACUCAGUCCCUAG